UUAAAACUUACCAACACGUCUCAAAAGUCCCGUUCUUCGUCCGAACCAUGUGCAACUUCAAGGAACGCAAGAAGCAAGACUAUUUUAUCUCUGCUCACCAAAUAAGACAACAGUCUUGUCUGGCGCCUAUAACCACGGAACUAAGCCUGUCGAAGCGUUUCUGGCAAGUCAGGCAGUCAGUGCGCUGCAUUGACGGCUGCGAAGAUAAAUUCGUUGAUGCACACAAGGCAAAAACAGGGAAGGGAUCUAGGAAGGACAUGCAUGUGACACUCAGUUGUCGUCUCUUCCUGACGCGAACACUCCCAAGAUUGGUGUCGCCUCCGGAAAGGCAUUCCCGUCUGUUGAGAAGGACCAUGCCACUCGGCCGGAUAUCAGCUUUGGGAAGCCUGGACUUAAAAUCAAGUCGGACGAGUGGAACUUGUCGAACACACUCGUCAGCAACCGGCUCACAUCUAAGCGCACGAUCGGGUCCAUAACGACGCUGGCACGCUCUGCGACAGUGCGUGCAGCUGGAAAACACUCAUGCAGUUUGCCAAAGAUGCCCGGCGGCUCAUGAUAUACAUAUAACGGUGUUUUGCGUAAGUUGUCUCCAUCGUAUGCGACAAGGCGACCCUCUUUCGCUUCGACACGGAAGGUUUCUUGGCGAGCUAGCCAUUCCACUGGUUGCG